AUGAUGCGAUCCUCCCUCCAGUCCAGGCUCUCGUCAGCAGUCAGAACAGCAGAGCUCAGAGGUACGCAAGCCCGCCCCGUCGCCCCACGCUCACUCCCCGCAGCCGCUCGCCCCAUCGCCGGCCCCUCUGUCCUCUCUGCCAGGACCUUUGCUACCAAGGCCCUCUCCACCCCCCGAUUUCCCGCCGCUGCUUUCGCUCCCAUCCGUCUCCCCUCCCGUGGCUACGCCGCCGAAGCCGGAGGCAAGUUUGCCCGAGCCAAGCCCCACUUCAACAUCGGCACCAUUGGCCAUGUCGACCACGGAAAGACAACACUCACUGCCGCCAUCACCAAGUACCUCGCCGAGUCUGGCGGUGGUAAAUUCAUGGACUACUCUCAGAUCGACAAGGCUCCUGAAGAGAAGGCCCGAGGUAUUACCAUCUCUACUGCUCACGUCGAAUACGAAACCCCCAACAGGCACUAUGCCCACAUCGACUGUCCCGGUCACGCCGAUUACAUCAAAAACAUGAUUACCGGUGCUGCCCAGCUUGAUGGUGCUAUCAUCGUCGUCUCUGCUACCGACGGUCAGAUGCCCCAGACCCGCGAACAUCUCCUUCUUGCCCGCCAGGUUGGCAUCAAGAAGCUUGUUGUCUUUAUCAACAAGGUCGACCAGGUUGACGACCCCGAAAUGCUCGAAUUGGUGGAGAUGGAGAUGAGGGAGCUGCUUGGUCAGUAUGGCUACGAUGGCGAGGGUACCCCUAUUGUCAUGGGUACUGCUCUUGCUGCCCUCGAGGGCCGCGACCCCGAGCGAGGUACCGAGAAGAUCAAGGAGUUGAUGGAAGCCGCCGAUUCGUGGCUUGAUGUCCCUGCCCGUGACCUCGACAAGCCUUUCCUGAUGUACGUGGAGGAUGUCUUCUCUAUCUCUGGUCGUGGUACCGUUGUCACCGGUAAGGUGGAGCGAGGCACCAUCACCAAGGGUUCAGAAGUCGAGAUCGUCGGCUUGGGUGACUCCAUCAAGACUACCCUUACUGGUAUCGAGAUGUUCCACAAGGAGCUGGAGCGAGGAGAGGCUGGUGACAAUAUGGGUGCUCUUUUGCGAGGUAUCAAGCGAGAGCAGGUCCGUCGUGGACAAGUCUUGGUUCAGCCCAGCUCGAUCAAGUCUGUCAAGAAGUUUAAGGCUCAGAUCUAUAUCCUUACCAAGGAAGAGGGUGGUCGUUACACACCUUUCAUGGCCAACUACCGUCCUCAACUCUUCAUCCGAACCACCGACGUCACUUGUGCUUUGACUUUCCCCGAAGGAACUGAAGAUGCCCACGAGAAGCUCGUCAUGCCCGGAGACAAUGUUGAGAUGAUCGGCGAUCUUGUCCACGACAUUGCCCUUGAGCCCGGAUCUCGAUUCACUCUGCGAGAGGGAGGCAAGACUAUCGGCACUGGUAUCGUGUCUGAAAUCUUUGCUUAA